AUGGGUAAUACACCUUCUUCACAUCAACAUGGUUCCCCUCAUCAUGGCAGAGGUGAUCAUCCUCAGAUAGGAUACGAUGACCUAAUUUCACCUUCUCCUACACCUACCACAACUCACCAUGGACACGGACAUAGACAUCAUCCGAAUUUGAGAUUACCUAUGCCCGCCAGACCAACACAUAUAUCACCUAAUUCAUCUAAUCCCACUUCACCUAGUGGAAGUACGCAUAACCGAAGUGGAUCACCUCGUCGAAGGAAAUCAUUGGAACUUCCUGACCUGAACAAGUUAUCAUUCACUCCCUCGGCACUUACUCCAGCUGCACCUGUACCCACUACACAUACUCAUACUUCCCAUCAUCUCGCACCAUCAACUAGCGCCGUUAAAAAUACUUCUCCCUCUCCUGGACCUACUACCCCGACUGGCGCGACGGGAGGAACGACAAAUCAAAAGAAAUGGCAACAGGUAUUAGGAGGUAGGACAGCCAGUCCAUUAUCCAAUGCCAACGCUUUAGGCGCAAUGUCAAGAAUUGAUAAUCCACCUAGAUCAGCUCCUAUAGCGAUGCCAAAUACAAACGUACAAUCUAGACUUGCGACGGAAGAAAAUAAUCCUUAUUUCCCUACGACAGCUGCUCAGGAUGCUGCAACUGCGAGAAAAACACCUCUGCCUAUACCUAUACCAGGUAAAGAAACUCCCCAAUCUCAACCACUAGGUAGACCAACUGGACUAUCCCCUCCUCCACCUACCAAGGCUCCUACACCUCUACCCGCCACCACCGAGCAAAAUUUGCAGCCCACCGACGAUGGGAUGGUGAACGUUCCGAUUCACUGGACGGGAGGUGGAAAGAAUGUUUACGUUACGGGGAACUUUGCGGAUAAUUGGAAAGGCAGGAUCAAGCUUCAUAGAAGCACCCACGAUUUCAGCACGAUCCUCCGCUUACCCCCAGGCCAAUACCGCUUGAAAUUCAUCGUGGAUGACUCAUGGAUGUGCAGCAAGUUGAUAUCGACGGCGACGGACGAUGAUGGGACAUUGGUCAAUUGGAUAGAAGUUGAGACGCCAAAGACGGAAGAGGAGAUGAGAGCGGAAUGGGCGAUGGAUGCGAAACCUGCCGUGAAAGAGGAGAAUGACGACGAAUCGCAAUGGACUACCUCGAUUCCACCGGCACUAACACUAUACCAGUACAUCGAGGAACUACCUAAUCAUUUCUCACCUGAGGAAUACUCCCUAUUCCUUAAAUCAGUACCGUACCUACCGAACGUACCUGCUCCACCGACCUUACCUAGGAUAUUAGACAAAGUGAUAGUGAACAAUGAUACCAAGCGAUUAUGGGAUUCGCAUGAUCCCCUCAUGGCCAAUCAGACUGGAUAUUCGGGAGCUCCAGCUACACUGGACGAUAACUCGAUAUUGGCCGUGCCGAAUCAUGUGGUAUUGAAUCAUUUGACGGCGAGCGCUAUCAGGAAUGGGACGUUGGGUGUUGGUACGACUACGAGGUAUAGGAAGAAGUACAUCACAACAAUGUUCUUCAAACCUACUCUAUCUGAUAUGCCAACUACCGAAGCUCCUUCUCAACCUCCAUCGGAAUCAGUCUCACAAUCUCAAUCGGAGUCGGUCUCGCAACCUCAAUCGGUCCAGUGA